CUUAAAUUAAAAUAAAAUUGACAAAAUAAUGUGCAAAAUGAAAUUUUCAGUUGACUUCAUUAAUAAAUUCAUAAUCCGAGACCAUAAAUCCUUAUCAAUGACUGAUUAUCAGUCAAAUAAAAAACCAUUUGGUGUCGGUUACUGAGAAAUAAUUGUUAAAUUAAUCCAUUGUGUACCAUUUGAAGGUCUACUAUGUCACAUUGAGCAUUGCUAUAAUUUUCACUUUCAUCUGUGUUCAUUCCUAUUCCUCAUAAAUCUGUUCCUUUAAUAUGGUGAAAUUUUUAAUGCUAUUAACAAUUUUUUUUGGUUCUUUAAUUCAUAUUACGACAUAGUAUUGUAUCACAUAAAACAUGCUCGCUUAACAGCCUCUAAUGACACUUACUUACAUGCCUGCGUAGAGAGUGGACAAAUAUCUAUUCAAAAAUCUGUGUAUUUAUAUAAAAAUAUUCUCUCUCAAUUUUUACACUUAAAUACACUUAAGAGCUGCUAUUAUUGAGUCAUUAAGAUGUAUGGGGAUCGAAUAUAAAUGACGUCAUAAAUUGAAUAGGUUGAUUAUAGGAAUUCUCAGGGAUUUGUACCAAUAAUAAGCUUUCUUAAGGUUAAAAUACGAGGUCUUUAUGAUAAACUGCAUUAAAACACACUGGUGUAUAGGCUGUAGGGCUGUCUGAUUAUGAGUUGGGACAACCUAGUAUAGUCAACUAAACCAUCCUUCUUAAUGCAAGGGUCGAAAGCUAUGUGACACUAAGUACUAGCUUGUAUUCUGCACACUGAAUUUAGCUGUUUCGGGGGUGUGAAACUACACACCAAAACUAUUAUUGAGGGAGGGGCUGAGGCGUAGUAACAACGAUUUUCCAUGCGAUUGGUUUUUUGGCGAUCAAAUAAAAAUAAAACUUGUUAAUAAAACAAGAGAACAUUGGUCCCAUACUUAGUAGACGUCAUUAAUCAAAAACCCUUAAUAAUAUUUCAACAAAGAUAAUUCAUUCAGCUUUUCUCGCUUAUUCUCUCAUUGAAGUCUUCCUUCUCAAAAAAUAAUAUCCUAUGAGCACACAACAAGAAAGUUCUUAAUUUAUUUUAUCAGAGAUUAGAGUUGACCAAAAAAAUACUGGAACUAUAAAAAAAAUCUCAGCUUUUUUUUUCCAUUUCUUCAUCUCUGUGAGAAUCGGACAGGUUUUGACACAGCUCGCAAAAAAAAAAAGGCAGCAGCGACAAAGAAUUUUAAUAUUUUUUGAUACUAACAUAGUCUUUAAUAAUGUACCACAUGUGUAUAUAAUAUAAGCAUUUUGUAAAUUUUAGAGAAAAAGUGAUUAAAACAUAUCGGACAUAAGCGUAUUUUUGGUGGAUUUUAGUUUUUUGUGGCUGAAGAAAUUGUAAUCAGAUUUUUGUGUUGAUUUUUGGAAAGUUGAAAAAUACAACGCAUAAAAAGUCUGUAAAUCAGUUUAAGCUUAAAUCAGUCAAUUGAUUUAUUUUCACAGUACAAUCUAGUCCUUAAAUUUGUAAUCUGAAGUUUACUCUAGUACUACACUCAAUAUUUGUUAAAAAUCUAGUACAUUUGAAAUCUAAAAGUAUGAAAAUUUGUUGACAAUUAGUCAAGACACAUUCAAAGUCUAGCUUAUUUUAGUUAUAAAUUCAAAUUUUUGUACUAGAAUAAUGAUGAAAACCGUUACAAAUAACCUGAAUCAUCCAAAGUGAAUUUUUAUUUCCCAUUUCUUAACCAAAAAUACGCUACUAAAUGUAUAUUAAUAUAUGUCAAAGAGAUAAACUGGAAUAACACGAAAUAAUCCCUUUACACCUCAAAAAAAAAAACUUUAACUUUGCAUACACAAAAAUAGUAAAAAAAUUAAAUUUAUAAUUUCAGGAUGACAUUUUUUAUCAAUAUGCAUUACAAAAUUCAAUUUUAGUUUAAAAUGACGUCAUUUUAGAGAUAUAUUUUUAAGAGGACGAAUUUGUUGAAUGAAAGAGAUAAAAAAAAGUUUUGAGCGUGUGAAAGAAAUGUUAUGCUAUCAAUAUGGUGAAUUCUAUGGAGAAUUCCUCAACGCCAAAGACUAACAAUGGGCCUCGUGUGUCUUUCAAUCGUGAUGUACAUGUUAAGAGAUAUGGUUCAUUAUUACUAAACAAUGACAAUUUGAAUUCUGACUCAAAUUCGCGGUCACAAUCGCCAAAUUUACGACGUCAAUUACCGAAUGACUUGUCUCACGAGGCUUUGGAAAGAGAAGCAGCCUUGGUGCUCGAGCAGGUCAACAGUUUUGGAUCUUUGCCACAUCGAAAGCAAGCAUAUAAAAAGCCAUUACGACGAACUUCAGACGAGAAGGCAUCAAUAAGAAAGCACCAGCACUCUGUGGAUGAAACCGAUAAUAUUGCAUCAACGAAUGAGGAAGAGCCAAUUAUAAAAGCAAAUAUACGAAAACACAUUCCAAGAUAUUCAUCCAAUACAAAUAUUGAUAAUUUAAUUAAUACUAAUAAUCAGCAACAACAGCAACAGACUUAUUACUUAGAUAACGAAUUUGAUCGUCUGAACGAAAUGCGUGAAACAGAUUUUAAUAAUGGAAUCGAUGCCACAUUGAGUAGUCGUCGUGAGAUCUUGGAAUCUCGCAUAAAAUCAAGAAUAGGCGGCCUUCACAUCAACAAUGACAAUAAUCACACACGCUCAAAUCCACCUACAAUCCACAAGCGAACAUAUAACAAACAUGGCUCAAAUGAAUUUAUUAAUAAUCGCUUUUCGCCUGAACGAAAACAUCUUGAUUUUAAUAAAGCGUCAUCGCCGACGAGAGUCAAGUAUGAGCAGCAGAAAGCAUCCAACACGACAACGACGUAUUUGGAUGAGGGAUCAAUGAGGAAAAAUUCUCAUCAUAGUCAAAAGUUGAUUGAUAAAUACACAGAUUCAGGAAAUGAGACGGACAUUGUCGUUAAGCAUAAUAAUAGUCACAACAAGAAUCGAUAUAGUUCCAGAUUUAAUAUUGGUCGUAAAUGGAACUAUGAGGAUGACAUAAUCGAAUGCGAGCUAUUUCUAAUGAAAGAAAGGAAGCACACCGACGAAACUUAUCCUUAUCAACUUGUUCGCACUUACGUUUAUAGACAAAGCAGCAAUAAUGACGAUAAUUACGACACCGAUCAAGAUAAAAAGAAUAUUUUAAAGGAGUGGAAGCACAACAAGAAAAUGACAAGAGAAUUUAUAAAGACACAAACGAAAAAGAAGAGUGGAUUGGAUAAGGUCAAAGAAUUGUUCAAGUUGAGAAGUAAUAAGAACAAUGACGAGAAUGAAUUGAGGGCACGAUACCGUGAAUAUUCACCGGAUAUUGAGCCACCACCUCAGAAGUCAAUUCCGCAGCAACCAAGCAUAGUUAAUCGAAGACGUCUAAGUACACCCACAGCUAGUCCCAUGACAUCAAGUCGCUCAAAGUCAUUACCGCCAAAAGUAGUGAAUAAGAAUAGUGCAAUAGCAUCAACAGCUACAUCCACAAGUACAUUAAAACGAGAGAAACAACAAAGCACAAAUGGAAAUCCUCAGAAAUUUAAUUGGUUUGCAUCAUUGGAUCGUUUGUCAAGAAAGAAGAGUCGAGAUUUAUCUUCGAAUCCCCCAACAAUUGAUCGUCGCUCAAAUUCAAAUUCGUCGACCAUAACACGUGCAAAGUCGUCGAGUAUGAAAAAUAUUUCAUUGUCAAAUGGAUCGAGUAAGAAUCUGCGAUUCUUUGGUGACACUGAUUUGGAUGAUGCAGGCAAUAAGAUUAAAUCUCCAACCCAUUAUGAUGAUGCACGAGAGAAGAGCUCAUCUCUUCAGAACUUGAAUUCAGCUCGACGAACGAGACAGUCUAAAUCGGUCUCUCGAUCACGUGCUGAGCUCAUCAAUAUUGCUGAAAGUACAUCCGAUGAAGCAGGUGAGAAGCCAGUCAACAGUCGUCCAGUAUCGCCAGCAAUAAACAACUACCUUCCUCCUCCAAGACCACCAAAAUCUACGAAACUUGUUAGAUCAGUCUCAACGCUUCCUCGUCCACUACCACGAAAAUCUCUUGGACAUGAAGUUGUUGAGCAUGACUCAUAUUAUCCACAAUAUAAAAGAGACAGUAAUCUUGAAUCUGAUUCCAAUUUUUCUACAUCACGAAGGCUUCGUAAUAGUUUAUCAGUCAGCCGUGAAAAUCUCGGUCGUGAUCGUUUUGAUAGCGAUGCAAGUCAGCGUAGUGUUGUGUAUCUUCAUGCGAGUGUCGUUGGUGAUAUUCCACAGACAUAUGGACGCAAACUUUCGGGUAAAAGUAGCGUAAGAACAGCUUAUAAUGAGGAACAACCAAUUAUUAGGACCGUCAAUAGUUCACUUAAUGUGGAUGCGCCUUGGAAACCGAAGUUCAUAAGUGAUGGAUAUGAGAUCAACUACAGUAACGAUCAAAAGGACAUUGAGAACAGACGUAAAUUUAGGAGCAAAAGUGCGACAAGGGAAAAGAGCAAGUGGGAUCGAGAGGCACAUAAAAGGAUAUAAACAUGACGUUAAUAUUAAUAAAAAAAAGAUUAGUUUUACUACUUUAUAAUUCCUCCAUAAAAUGAUUAAAUAUCAUAACUUUUUUUCAUACGUGUCUGUCCAUUUUUAAUCACGACAUUGAGAUAGAAAUAAAAAAAAAACUUUUUGUACUAACAUCAAAAUAUGGAAAUGAAAUGUAACAUGUCGACUAAUUUAUGAGACAUUAAUAAAUCAAUGUUAAUUGCUAAUUUUACUAUAAAAAGGUUUUUCAAUGACUUUUUUUUGAGGGUUCGUUAAUAAAUGAUGUCCAAAAAAUUUGCAAUUUCAACCGAAAUUUCAGAUUUAAAAAUUUUAAACUUUACCAAAAAUAUUUGAACUCGACAAAAAAUUUGAAUUCAAAAUUAUCGUUAAUUUUAAAAUAUUAGACGUGCUUUAUAAAGAGCAUCUGAAAUCAGAGCGAUCAAAUUAUGGCUGCAAAACGUUUAGUUUCACUUAAUUUUUUUUCGAGUCAUGUAUCAGUUAUGGAAUAUGCUAUAAACUUAAAAUAUAAUCUUAUAACUUACUUGUGAUGAAUGUUCUUUUAAAUACUGAACAUUUUAACAGGUACGUAAAUUUUAUAGCGCUGGUUCCGCUAAUCAAACAAUUUUGCCGUUCAAUUGUUGAAAUACUUAAUAAUGUCAUUUUCUUGAUACCAUUUGCGGGCUUUGUCGACCCAGUCGUGAUUGUUUAAUGCUCUUGGACUUGGAUGUGCUAAAAGCUUGCACUCAAUCAAUUCUGAAAUAAGAUUCUUCUUUUUGAGAUCUUUGAUGCGAUCAUUAGCGUAGCUGCCAAUACUGAUUAUUAUUUGUGGAUUGAAGACUUCAAUGGAUUGUGCCAAAUAUUUUAAGCAGACUGAAUUUAGCUGAGCUUUUGCUGGUCCCUAAAAGUGAUUUAUAAUUAUUGAAAAAUAGCAUAAAUUAAUAGGAAGUGUACCUUAAUUUCCGUUGGAGUUAUAUUUCGUCCAGCAGCAUGUAAAAAUGCAAAGGGACAAAUGUUGUGAACAAAGCAGUUAUUGAAAAAGUUUUCAGGUUGUCCACAAAGCUCUUGAAUCAAUCCCCAGAAUCUCUUUCCACUCGGUUCUUCCUUAGUGCACUAAAAUGUCAUUUUACAAUUUUGUUAAUUGAGAAUGCACUUGAAUAUUGUAACUUACAUCAAAUCCUUCAACUUGCUUCGAAGGAAUCUCAAUUUCAGGCUUUCCAACAUGACCAGACAAUCUCAUCCAAUUUUUUACAGUUGCAACGUGACCAAAAGGAACUCCAGUCUGGCCCAUUCCAUUUAAUCCUGGGUUCAUUCCCAAGAAUAAUACUUUCGGAGACUUCUUCAGAUACUGCUUCAAAUAAUUCUUAUGGACGUCUGCAGCAUAAUCCAAACUGUUGUAAAUUGCUCCGAUAUUCUUAUCAGACUUGCUGAAUUCUAUUUGAUUUAAUUCUUCGCCUAUAAGAAUUUUAAUC